AUGUCCAAAGAUUAUGGAGGAAGGGUCGAGCUCGCCAAGGCUUAUUACAAGUGGCUGUCGAAAUCUCUUUCCAAGAAUUUCAACGGAACCGGGCUUAUUUCCAGCAUGCAACACUGCAACGACUUCUUUUUCCUCGGAACCGAGCAGAUAUCUAUGGAAAGAGUUGACCCAAAUGGUGACCCAAUAGGAGUCUACUGGCUGCAAGGGGUUCACAUGAUCCACUGUGCCUACAACAGCCUGUGGAUGGGCCAAUUUAUCUGGCCCGAUUGGGACAUGUUCCAGUCGGACCAUAAAUGUGCCAAGUUUCACGCGGGCUCAAGGGCCAUCUGUGGCGGGCCCAUUUACGUGAGUGAUUCUUUGGGUGGACAUGAUUUCGACCUUCUGAGGAAGCUCGUUUUUCAAGACAGCACAAUCCCGAAUGCAUUCACUUUGCUCUUCCCACCCUACGGAGGUGUGGUUGGGGCAUUCAACUGCCAAGGCGCCGGGUGGGACCCGAUAGAGCGAAGGAUUAAAGGCUAUUCUCAAUGCUACAAGCCACUUUAUGUGUCGGUCCACGUCAGCAAUAUCGAGUGGGAGCAAAAGGGCGAAAUGGACAAAAUGGGAGAGGCGGAUGAAUACGCGGUUUAUCUAACGGAGGCAGAGAAGCUAUUUAUGGCAACGAGGGACUCGGAUCCCGUGUCAGUUACCAUUAUGCCCUUGGCUUUCGAGAUCUUUAGCUUUGUGCCAGUUAUGAAGGUCGGCUUUGAUGGUGUGAAGUUUGCGCCGGUUGGGAUAACCGACUUUUUGAAUUGCGGAGGAACCGUUGAGGGUCUCGUGUGCGACGAGUCGUUGGUCAAGAUUGAGGUCAAAGAAGGCGGGAAGUUCUUGGCGUACUCGAGCGAGGCGCCUAAGAAGGCGUGCGUGAAUGGACAGGUGGCGGCGUUCGAUUGGUCGGAGGAGGACGGGAGGCUCGUGGUGGAGGUUGACUGGUGUGAGGAUUUGGGCGGCAUUUCUAACGUAAUUUUUGUUUUUUAA